AUGAGAUUCAAACAGAUGAGUGGAGUCCUCACCUCGGGGCGCCAGCAGCUCUUGGGCUCUUAUAAAGCACCCGGAAACUUCGGCCGCGUAACUAGAUGGUAUGCGACACAGCACCUGGCUAAAGUUGGGCGGCCUUUGGCAUACACAUGGCUCACAAAGACCGCAGAAGAGACAACCCCAGAUGAUAUCUUGUCCAAUCUCCCUUCGGGGCCUGUAAGCCCAUCAGCUGCGCCCGCCUCCGUCCCUCUCCUCCUCGUCACCCCAAGCUUCGCCCACUGGCUUGAUCCUUCCAGUCCUUUCUUGUCACAGUUUUUCAGUCGCCUUUAUGGGAGCUCUCCGGGAGCCGAGACUCUUUAUGCAGUCGCUGCUGUGGUGGACACACUCCCGAAUACAACCGCCGAGAGCUCAAAUUUCAGCGAGUCGGAAGGGCUGUCGCUUUUGGCAGUCGAACAAUCUGGCGUUGUAGCAAAGGUUACACCUCCACGUCUCAUCAGGAGCUCUGCCAGCGAGGAAACCAAUCUCUUGUUUUCCGUUCCAGCUCAAGCAAUUGGUCAAGCCAGCACAGGGUCUGCACACGAGAUUGGAUUGCGUCUUGCAAAUACUAUUUUUGUCAAUGGGAGAGAAACGACACUCUUCGGUACGCGCUGGCUUUGGGAUAACAACACAAAGGGAUAUGCCUUGGACAAAUCAGUGGAACUUACAAGCUGCUUGAUUACGGCUACUGCUCAGGUAGUGAAUACCACAUUGGAACUGCCAUUGCACCCAGUGACUGAACGACGAAGAGUCCUUACUAGCAUGGGAAACAUUUUGAGACAACUGGCAAAAUCAACAGAUGCGACAUCGACGGAGCCAAUGCCUGCCUCCUCGGAGCUCGAAAAAGAACUUCCGCGCUACAUCGCAGAACAUAAUAUUAUGGACCAGCGUGUGUCUGUAUGGGCACUGGUCGAGACGCCUGACUUGGAGGUGGCUGAUCCAGGCUCAGCUACUCAUGAUCGCUUGAUUCAAUCUCUGCGCCAGGGCGGGAAAUUGCACCGUGUCAUGAGCGGUGGAGGUGGCUGGGGAAAGAAGCAAGGCCUUCUCUCCCUAGAUCCCGAAGUAAGCUUCUCGGGGACAGCGAUUCGAAAUGAACUUGUCGCAUUGAGCCAAGUUUUCGAUCCCCAUACUACCCAUUCAGAUGCACUCCCCUCUAUUGACAAGGGGAUCGCUGUAGAUGAUCUAUCUCUCCUUUCACAAGUUGCUACUGCUGGCGACUACAUUCAGUUCUUUGUGUCGGUAGAGCCAACUCUCACACAAAGCCAAGUUUCGAGCAAACAUGACGCACAGGAAUCGGCUGUUAGCUACCACUUUGGAAUGGUAACCGACUCUAUGGAACUCGAGACAUAUCAAACCGAUGAGGACCGCAGCAACAUCAUUUCUCUCCCUCGCACCUUUGGAGCACUGUCCGAGAAGGCAAUUGCCUACUCACAGCCUAUGGAAGGAGGAAUGGAGUCAGAGACCUGCACGAAGCUGGAUAUACCAGGAUCUCGAGUUAUCCUUAAAACUGUAUAA